GCCGUGCGGGGCCGGGCCGGCGGACGGCAGGAUGGGCUGCACCGUGAGCGCCGAGGACAAGGCGGCGGCUGAGCGCUCCAAGAUGAUCGACAAGAAUCUGCGGGAAGACGGGGAGAAGGCGGCGCGGGAGGUGAAGUUGCUGCUGUUGGGUGCUGGGGAGUCGGGAAAGAGCACAAUUGUCAAGCAGAUGAAGAUCAUCCACGAGGAUGGCUACUCAGAGGAGGAGUGCCGGCAGUACCGGGCAGUGGUCUACAGCAACACCAUCCAGUCCAUCAUGGCCAUCGUCAAAGCCAUGGGCAAUCUACAGAUUGACUUUGCAGAUUCCUCCCGUGCGGACGAUGCCAGGCAGCUGUUUGCGCUGUCUUGCACAGCCGAGGAGCAGGGUGUGCUCCCUGAGGACCUGUCCGGCGUCAUCCGGAGGCUCUGGGCUGACCAUGGUGUGCAGGCCUGUUUUGGCCGCUCUCGGGAGUACCAGCUCAAUGACUCUGCUGCCUAUUACCUGAAUGACCUGGAGCGCAUCGCACGGAAUGACUACAUCCCCACGCAGCAGGAUGUGCUGCGGACCCGAGUGAAGACCACGGGCAUCGUGGAGACGCACUUCACCUUCAAGGACCUGCACUUCAAGAUGUUUGAUGUGGGCGGACAGCGGUCUGAGCGGAAAAAGUGGAUCCAUUGCUUUGAGGGCGUCACAGCCAUCAUCUUCUGCGUAGCCUUGAGCGCCUAUGACCUGGUGCUAGCUGAGGAUGAGGAGAUGAACCGCAUGCAUGAGAGCAUGAAGCUGUUUGACAGUAUCUGCAACAACAAGUGGUUCACGGACACCUCCAUCAUCCUCUUCCUCAACAAGAAGGACCUGUUCGAGGAGAAGAUCACACACAGUCCCCUGACCAUCUGCUUCCCUGAGUACACAGGGGCAAACAAGUAUGACGAGGCAGCCAGCUACAUCCAGAGUAAGUUUGAGGACCUGAACAAGCGCAAGGACACCAAGGAGAUCUACACGCACUUCACGUGUGCCACAGACACCAAGAACGUGCAGUUUGUGUUUGACGCCGUUACUGACGUCAUCAUUAAGAACAACCUGAAGGACUGCGGCCUCUUCUGAGGGGCAGCAGGGCCAGGCAUUAUGGAACGCCGCUGCCGACUCUGCUCUCCCCCGCCCGAGGAAGAUGGGGGCAAGAGGACCAUGUUCCUGCCUCUUCCCGCUCCUCACCCCUGGCCGCUUUUUCCCUCUUUCCAUUCUCUGUUCUUGGCUCCCCCCAUCUCCUCCCUCUGCUCCAGAUGCCUGGGGAAGGGGUUGCCACAGGCCUCCCUGUUUGAAGCCCACCCUUGUCCCAGGUGCUGGGAAUGGACUCGGUACCCCCCUCCUGGGCAUCUGUUCUGGUUAUAAUCUUUGUCUUGUUUGUGAUGGGGGAGGGGAACACAUACUGAGUCUUGCAAGGCCUGUCUCUAGCGGGGCACCCACUUCUCCAGCCUGGGACCCCUGGCUUUGCCCAUCACCAUCCCCUGACCCAACCCAAGUCCAAAUGUUUACAGGGAGCCUCCCUCCCACCCCACCCUCCCAACCGCUCGGAGGCCCCAAAGGUAAAAAGCACAAAGAAGCAUGAGAUGCCACCAUUUCUGGAGGCCACAGUACACCUGCUCAUUAAUAGCUUUUUAAAAAAAAAAAAAAAAAGGAAAAUACAGAAAAAAAUAGACACAGCAGACAUAGAAAACUUUUUAGAGAAAACUAUUUAAAACAAAAAACUACCAUAUCCUGACCAGCGCCCACCCAGCCCCCUUCCUGUGAUUCCGUGCCUUGAGUGUGUCUUCGUGUUUACACCUAUCCCUCCGCUGGCUGCCCUCUGUGUGAGCGGCACCCAUGCCCUGACCUCCACAGAAUCGGGUUCCAAGGGCUGUUCCAGACAACUGCCAAUGUCACUGCGGGGCCCAUCCCAAAGGCCCUGGGCCCUGGCUCCAUUAACCUAAAUGUAGCUCCUUAGCGCUAAUCUAGGAACCGCCGCUGCCUGCUGAGGGGCCCUAUCCCUCAUACCCUCGCCCUAGGCCUGGAUCCUUCAGCGUUGAACACUUCCUUGCUUUUUUCACAUGUUUUAUGGAAUUGUUCACCUGGUUUGAAAUAAUAAAAUGUAGAAAGAAAAAUACUGAGAACUGCUUGGCAUU